CAGCCCUGCCGCCGCCAGUGCUGGGUUGUCGCGGGGCUGCCGGGCAGAGCUGGGCCGAGGGGGCGGGAGGCAGCUCGCCCACCCAUGGGAAGGCGGCAGCAGCAGCAGAAGAAGAAGGAGGCCGGCCGCAGGCGACCCUGGCCAUAACUUCGCGCCCGCCGGGAGAAGGGAAGAGCCGGGCAGGCAGCGGCAGCAGCGUCCUGCGGGGAAGAAGGCUCUCCACCCACCAUGGCCACAGCGUUGCCCAGAACCCUUGGAGAAUUGCAGCUGUACCGAAUCUUGCAGAAAGCCAACCUCUUGUUCUACUUCGAUGCCUUCAUUCAGCAGGGAGGGGAUGACGUCCAGCAGUUGUGCGAAGCCGGGGAAGAGGAGUUCCUGGAGAUCAUGGCGCUUGUUGGCAUGGCCAGCAAACCUCUUCACGUCCGAAGACUGCAGAAGGCUUUGAGAGACUGGGUGACAAACCCAGGCCUUUUUAACCAGCCUCUUACUUCCUUACCGGUCAGUAGCAUCCCAAUAUAUAAGUUACCGGAAGGAUCUCCUGCUUGGUUGGGAAUCUCAUGCAAUAGUUACGAAAGGAAUAGUAAUACCCGGGAGCCUCACUUGAAGAUUCCAAAAUGUGCCGCCACCACCUGCGUUCAGAGCGUCGGUGCGGGCAAGUCCGACGGGGUGGGGAACUUGACGCUGCAGAGCGGCAGCGAAACGAGACUUUGGCAAGGCCACCACACUACAGAGAGUGAACACAGCCUUUCCCCAGCCGACGUCGGCUCUCCGGCCUCACCAAAGGAAAACACGGAAACCCUGGACGCGGCGGCGGCCCUCUCGGUCACCGAGUGCGUCGAGCGCAUGGUUCCCACCCUCCCCAAAAGUGACUUGAACGAAGUGAAGGAACUGCUGAAAAUCAACAAAAAGCUGGCCAAGAUGGUGGGCCACAUCUUUGAGAUGAGCGACGAGGACCCUCACAAAGAGGAGGAGAUCAGGAAGUUCAGUGCAAUAUAUGGCAGGUUUGACUCGAAAAGGAAAGAUGGCAAGCAUCUCACCCUCCACGAGCUCACAGUUAACGAAGCCGCUGCUCAAUUGUGUGUGAAGGAUAACGCACUGCUGACCCGGAGGGACGAACUCUUUGCACUGGCGCGACAAAUAUCCCGAGAAGUUACCUACAAAUACACUUACCGGACUACCAAGUCUAAAUGUGGAGAAAGGGAUGAACUGUCACCAAAGAGAAUUAAAAUAGAGGAUGGCUUCCCUGACUUCCACGACGCAGUCCAGAGUUUUUACCAGCAGGAUUCAGUCAAAAUACAACAGGCAUUGUCAAAAGGAAAGUGUGAAGACCUGGCAGCGCUUGGCUCACAGCCGGAGAAGAUGAUGGCCAAGCAGAUGGAGUUUCUCUGCAGCCAAGCUGGCUUGGAGAGACGCCUUUCCACAGGCCUCUACAGACAAAAUUCAGAAGAGCAUUGUGCCAAUGGCUUGACAUCGGAUUAUGGUGUUGGGCAAGGGGAAAGGCCUUUAAAUCUACGCAUGUCGAGCCUACCAAAUAGGCAUAUGCCUCACAUUUCAUUAGACGAUGAGCCUCACGUCGUGAAGCCUCUCUGCAGUGACUUGAGCAGAUUGUACGCCAGUGCUGAAGCAAAGUCACAGCCUUCAGAAGGCCUUGGUAUCUUAAAAGAUUUUCCUCACUCUGCUUUCAACAGCCUUGAAAGGAAGGUGAUAAAGACAGAGCCAGAAGAUACAAGAUAGCCAUGCUCCCUUUUUGGUUUUUUUUAAAAAAUGUUAAAAUAAAGCUUUGAAUGAGAAACGGAAACAUGCCUUAAUAACCAGCGUUGCCUCAUUGAAAUAAGCGAUUUCAUAGCCAAAGCCUAAGGACUGGGACUGUCAUGUUGUGGAACUGACGUACGAAAUAACCAGUUGAAAACUGCAGCUGCAACGAGAAGUGGGUGCAAACGUUUAUGGAAUGAAAAAGCGGCUUUGUCAUUUGGGAAAGGCUCACAAACUAAUAAUACUGUGGGCCCUUGUUAUUUAAGAAUGUAUUGUGUAUUUGUAUAACUUAAAAGUUUAGAAACACACAGACCCACAACCCCAACAACUAAUAGGUGUCAUAGAUUUGUAUUACGUCCAGUAGAUGUGGCUGCCAUUAUUUUUACUUGAAGUUUUCAAUGUCUACUUUAAAUGUAGAGAUGUAACAAUAACUGAGAUGGGUUUAAAGAAGAAAUAUCCUUACUUUGAAGAAGUUGGACAGAAGACUUAAGGAGGGGAGAACAGCAUCUUAAGAAAGCAUUUUAACAGCAGGUUUUCAAUGUUUUAAGUUUUAGAAGCAAAAAACAAAAAAACAAAAA